CAAGUUGUCAAAACAGAAAAGUGCAUUCGAUUUCCUAAAAAAAUCGCCGUUCUGAAAUCAGGAAGGAAAUUACACGUAAUAAUGCCAAAAUAAUUGGAAAAUUUAUUCAGAAGUGUACGGAAAGUAAGUGAGCAAUACAUCGUUUGGUAAUUGGGAGGAUGGCUAGCGCACGGGACCUUUUCAGUCUGCCGGCCGGCCCAGCCGAUUUGUGCUUCGAUAAGAACGAGUUUAUGAAGAAAACGUUCUCGGUGGAUGAAUUCCUACACGAGAACCGUAACGCGGGAAGCCUGGAGAUUAUCCGUGAUGAUUUGGGUGUGUACUUGAAGGUGUUGCGAUCGGCUAUGAUCGAAUUGAUCAAUCAGGACUACGCGGACUUCGUGGAUCUGUCGGCGAAUUUAAUAGGGUUGGACCAGCAGAUCAACGGGAUCGAAACGCCGCUGGAGAAGCUGCGGGAUGAAAUAAUGGCGGUGAGGGAAGCACUGGAGGGAACGAUGCGGGAAAUAUCGGAUUGUUUGGAGCAGAAGAAAGCACUCCGAGGAUACAAGAAGAGCUUGCAGAGUUUGGGGAAGGUGCAAGACGCAUUGGUUAAAUUGGAAAGCUUGUUGAACCCGAUAGACGGAAGAGACGAGGUCAAUCCGAUUUUACUAGAGCGGGCGGCGUUGGAAUCGAUUCAACUGCAAUUCAAUAUCAAAUUUUGUAGAGAUUUUUUAAACAAUGAGCAACAGCAGCACUCGGAGCAAAUGAAGAAUAGCUUGCUGGGUCAGUUGAAAAGAUAUUUUCUGAGAACGCUAAAACAGAAUGAUGACGAUGGGCUGGAAAGAUGUUUAAGAAUUUACUGCACCUUGGAUGAGUGCCGAACAGCAGAGGAAGUAUUUAAAACAGAAAUUGUUUCGCCUUACAUGACUCGAGUUGUAUCAGAGAGUAGUUUGCAAAACUCCCCGCAAGGGCUAACCGGAAUUUACAACCAAAUUCUGGACUUCGUGUCGCUUCACAUGAAGAGUUUACUAACGCUGACCAAGAAAAACGGGAAGGUGAAAGGAUACAAUUUUAUCGUGAACAGCUUUUGGACGGAAGUUGAGCGGCGGAUGGAAACGAACAUGUCCUCAAUAUUUGCUCCGGGCAAUCCAGAAGCCUUCUAUCAAAAAUAUAAGUGCACUCUCGAGUUCUUAGAACGCAUUGAGCUCAUCAUUGAAGACCCGGCGGAAAUAACUGGUUUCAAAGCACAUUCACAGUAUAAAAGUUUCCAAGUUCGGUGGAACCUUCCGGUCUACUUCCAGAUUCGUUUCCAGGAAAUUGGUUCCAAUCUAGAAAAGGCUUGCAGUCGUGAGUUGGAUGCAGCCAAAUUUUCUACAGAGCAGAUCAGCGCAAGUCAGUUUAAUCUUGUACAGUUUUCCAUCGCUUUGACCUGCAUUUCCAAUUGCUGGCAGGAUGGAAUUUAUCUGCCCCAAUUGUUCCAUAGAUUUUUCAAAUUGACCCUUCAAUUGCUAUCCCGAACGACUAGCUGGAUUGACACAGCCAUCGGUUUCAACUUUCCCAUUUCAUCUGAUCCUCAGACCCCAUCGUUCAAACUCAAAAUGCUGACAACGCUCUUUUCGGACAUAAACAACCUAUCGAAGAAGAUCCCCCAAAUUGUGACCCUGGUUCUGGAGAAAUCUCCCGCAAGUCUAGCUCUAACGUCGUCGCAACUGGACGAAAUAUUUUUCGACAACCGAUCAAUCCUGACCACCAAACUGAACCGCCUGCAGACGUUGAUCGUCCAGGAGUUGGUCCAGGCGAGCGUUCCGCACAUCAAACAAGCCAGCGACAUUCCCCGCCUGUACAGGAAGACCAAUCGGGACGUGCCGAGCAGGUGCUGCCAAUACAUGGAACUGAUGGUGCAGCCCAGCCGGGAAUUCCGUGAGCAAUACCACUCGAUGAUCGGAGACGAGCGGCUGAAGGAGUUUCUCGCGAACGUGUUCACCAGUUUGACGAUGAACUACUACCAAGCGGUCGAUGAGGUACUCACAUCAGUGCAGAAAACGGAGGAAUCGCUUCGACGGUUGAAGAACCUGCGAGAUCGUAAUGCAAACUCUGGUCCAAUAACAACGACGACGGGCACGGAUCGCACUACCAUGUCGGACGACGACAAAAUCCGGCUCCAACUGCAAGUGGAUGUCAUCCACUAUGUGCAGGAAAUUGAAAGCAUAGGCCUGGCCCGGGGAGAAAUCGAAAAACUAGACGAACUGACGCAAUUGGUAGAAGAGGCCACCAAAAUUAGGAUAGGAUCCAGGAUGUGAAAUCCGCCAGGGAUGUUCUUUUGUCCGUUCUAGAGGUGAGUUGGAUCGUUUUUCCCUUAUUUAAUCCAUGUUGUAUAAUUUUAACGAACAGAUAAACUGCCCAUGAUCGCAUAUUUGUAACACUCGCAUUUUUGUUCAUUUUGUAAAAAUCCUGCGAAUCGUUCAGAAAGAUUAAUUUAUUAAAUCUAAUCCCACAACAGUAAAAUAUGCUUUACUAUAUUGCUUAUCUGUGGUAAGCUGGAAAUGAUUGAGUUUGUGGGGAGGAUUAACAAACGAUUUACAAAAUCAACCAAAAUGCAAAUGUUACAAAUAUGCGAUCAUGGGCAGUAAAUAAGUAGUAAAUCCGAUCGCCAUCGAUUCACGAUUCAAGUUAACUUAAAAUGUUCUAAUAUAUCUACAAAACGCAUAACUGAGGCAUUUGGAUAAAUUAUUAUUAUGUAAAAUUUAUCAACGAAACACGCGAAAAUAGCUUACCCCAAACAUAAAA